AUUUUAAGCAUUUGGAUUGGUGGAGAAAUUGUAGUGACAUUAGUGACAACACUGUUGGUGUUGGUAUAAUAAAAUUGAAACAAAAAUGUCCUCAAAUGAUAAUUUUUUACGGUAUACAGAAGAUGAUUUUGUCAGUGAUCCUGCAUUUAAGAUGGAAAUGAACCAGAAAAUGAAUGUUCCCGAUAAAAUAAGAUUUGGACCUGACGAAAAUAACGACCAUUUAUUAUGGAGAAAAGAAAAUCUAAAUAUGAAUGUCCCUGAUAGAAUAUUAGUGGCAGGACAUCAUCAACAUGUAGGGACUAAAGCACCGCCACCGGAGAUAGUUUUUGACAAUUGUCUUCUCGCUUCUGAGCCAUACCCUCGUGAUCUUCCUAGAGUUGCCACGCCACCUAGAGUAUUAACGCUGGAUAAAUACUCUUUUCCGGGUAUAGAAGAUACGGAGGGAUCAGAUAAUGAAUUCGAACCAAAUUCGAAAGUUCAUUUUGACAAUCCAAAUCCUAACUCAUUUAAAGAAUCAUCCCAGCCUGUUCUGGUGAGUGGAGAGGGAACAUUGUCGUCUGCCGAAGAAUUGUUACACUUACGAAGACAAAUGGCAAAAUUAAAUAGACGGGUUAUGACUUUAGAAUUAGAGAAUAUCAACAGGCUUCAAAAAGAAAAAAUCGUUGUUGGAUUUGGUAUUGCUUACUUUCUGUUCAAAUUGAUUAUAUGGAUGAACAAAGAAUGAGAAAAUUUCUUAUAGAUAGUUAUAUUUCAGUUGAUUGUAAAAAAAAAUAAAACCAAAACAAAACCGUCUACUUUUCAUCACG